UAAACAGCUCCCAUGGUCUGGUUCUAAUGGUGGAAAUAGUUGAUUCCUUCAUUGCUGCUGUUUGUGUGAUCAUCUGCAACCUUGUACGUGCUUUGUGGGCAAUAGUAGACCCUGAUCCUACUGAUUUGGGAACACAAGGCACCCUUCUACAGGAUUUCAUGGAGGAGCUGAGCCCCAGGCAACUGGAAGUCAAACAUCUAAAGGAGAAGUUCCUAAAGGCCCUGCAGGAAAACAAUGCUGAGGAGGUCAUACAAAUUCUGCACACUAGCAAACUUGAUAUUGACACCGUGUUCGAGGUGGAUGAUCCAAAUAUGGUCUUAGCUUCAUAUAAACAGGGAUAUUGGUUGCCAGAAUACAAGCUGGAGAAAUCCUGGGCCAUGGGCGUUCAUAUUUGUGUUAUGUACAACGCUCUGGAAACAGCACUGGUGCUCCUCCAGAAGGGCGCAGCCAUUAACCGGAUGCCUAACGGGAAGACGCCCCUGCAUGUGGCCUGCGAGGUCUCCAACAGUGAUUUUGUAGCCCUGCUCCUGGCGAAUGGAGCAAAGGUCAACAGCAGGUCACUGAGUGGACAUACGCCUCUGCACUACUGCACUGCCAGGGAGUCUGUGGAGUGCGCCAAGCAGCUCAUUCUCAAAGGUGCAAAGGUCAACGCAGCCAGCCACAGCAAUGAGGAAGAAACACCUUUGCAUACAGCUGCCAGAUUUGGGGUUCCAGAACUGGUGGCGUUGUUUUUGACCCAUGGGGCAUCUGUAAACGCCCUCAACGCUCUCAAAGAGACCCCUUUAAUGACUGCGGUCUUUUGGGCUUUUGACUCCAAGGAGCAAGCCUACAGCCAAGAUCACCACCUUGUCUGUCGCCUUCUGCUGGACCACCAAGCAGAUCCCAACCUGAGGGAAGACGAUAAGAAAACAGCUCUUCACAAGGCCGCCUGGAACUGUGAUCACAUCCUGAUGCGAAUGCUGCUGGAAGCCGGAGCGGACGCGCGAGCCAUGGAUAUCAACGGCUGCGCUGCCAUACAGUACGUCCUGAAAGUAACAGGAGUCCGGCCCAUGGCCAUUCCUGAGGUCUGCUAUCAGCUGCUGCUGAACUAUAACACAGCUCGGAUCUACCCUCCACAGUUCCAUAAGGUGUUGCAAGUCUGUCAUGACUACCCAGGAGUUGUAGAAAUUCUGGUGAACUCCUAUGAACAUUUAAAGCCUACAAAAAAAUGGAGAGCAGCCAUUCCUGACGACUGCUAUGAGCGACAUAAAGACUUCUAUGACUCCCUGUUUGCGGUUUGUGCCAACACGCCACGCCGCCUGCUCCACCUCACCAGAUGUGCCAUCAGAGCCAGUCUGCAAGGGUUUUGUCAAAGAGGAGUUGAUCAACUGCCCCUACCUUCGGCUAUGAAAAAAUAUUUAUUAUUAGACCCUGAGGGGAUACUGUACUGACGGAGAGACGUUUUUAACAUCAACCCUGUUCUAGCCUUUUCUGUAUUGUCUUUUGGUUAUUUUACUGUGUUCUUGACCAAAGGGAAGUUCAGGCUAAAAGUGGUGGAGCGUGCUGAAGAAGAUGCAGAGCUACCUAGCAACCAGCCUACCUCAAUGCUAACUCUCAGACUCAUGGUAUUCCUAUUUUGGCUUACAGCACUCACGACCGAUCACUUCACAAUUAGUGCUUUUUUUUUUUUUUUUUGCCUUUCAAUAACAUGUGUUCAUGUUCCCAAGCAUGACUUCUAGAGCUCCCUCACAACUAAAGGUAAUCAGUUAAAACUCACAAUGAAAGACAUGUUUGAAACAGAACUUUUAGUUUCAGUUUAAGCUUACUGUAAUAUCAGACAAAGACAAGACAAAGACUAAAGAACAAAUACAAGAACCUUAGCAAAUUAACCUGGCACUGUAUAAUCACCUCCUAGAAAUUUUGAGUCAACUUUGACUGUGUUGGGUUAAAUAAUCUCCUUACUUGACACAUCUUGUCCAGAAAAACAGGAACAAAGUCUUUGAUAUCAGCUUGGAACAGGUUAUAAAAUAAAUCUUGUUGUUGCUCAGAUAAAA